AACUGAGGAUUUUCCAAGAGUAGUCUUUUAUAUGGAGGAGGAAAGCUUAUAGGUAUUUUUUGGUCUGGUUACGUUUUUAAUUAACUUUUUAAAACCAAGGGCCUAUGAAAAGAAGAGGUGGGCAUAGCCAGAAUCUGGGGGCUCUCUUCUGACAGAAUUCUGUCUCUUCUUCCAAAGUGAAUCAGCACUUUCCAAAGCCUGUUGACACCCUCUGAGGAUUUUCCGAGUACACCCUGUGUUCCUCAGAUGUCACUGAACUGUGCCCAGAUUGGCCUUCAGGGCAUUGACUCUUAAGCAAAUAAUGUUCUAGAAAAAGCUUGAAUUCUGUUUAACACUUGAACAGUGAGGUUAGAAAAGGUUGGAAGACCUCUGACUCUCGACAGUGAAGUUUAUAGUUUCUUCUGUCUUCCUCAAAUUCAUGUUCACAGGGCUGUUGGCUGCAGAUUGUAAUUACCAUGUCUGAUUCAGUAAUUCUUCAAAGUGUGAAGAAAUUAGAAGAAAAUUAUGGCUUCGAGUCGGACAAAUCAAGUAAUGAUAAGAACACAAGGUUACAAGAUGAGAAGAAAGAUGGUGGUAUUCGAGUUGGCUUCUUUCAAUUGUUUCGUUUUUCUUCAUCGACUGACAUUUGGCUGAUGCUUGUGGGAAGUUUAUGCGCAUUUCUCCAUGGAAUAGCCCAGCCAGUUAUGCUACUCAUUUUUGGCACAAUGACGGAUGUUUUUAUUGACUAUGACACUGAAUUACAAGAACUCAAGAUUCCAGGAAAAGCGUGCGUGAAUAACACCAUUGUGUGGACCAAUAGCUCUCUCAACCAGAACAUAACGAACGGAACACGCUGUGGGUUGCUGAACAUUGAAAGUGAAAUGAUCAAAUUUGCCAGUUACUAUGCUGGAAUCGCAGUCGCGGUGCUCAUUUCAGGUUAUAUUCAAAUAUGCUUCUGGGUAAUAGCUGCAGCUCGUCAGAUACAGAACAUGAGAAAAAUUUACUUUAGGAGAAUAAUGAGAAUGGAAAUAGGAUGGUUUGACUGCAAUUCAGUGGGAGAGUUGAAUACAAGAUUCUCAGAUGAUAUUAAUAAAGUCAAUGACGCCAUAGCUGAACAAGUGGCCAUUUUCAUUCAGCGCAUGACCACAACCAUCUGUGGUUUCCUGUUCGGAUUUUACAAGGGUUGGAAACUGACCUUGGUUAUUAUUUCUGUCAGCCCUCUUAUAGGGAUUGGAGCAGCCAUCAUUGGUCUGAGUGUAUCUAAGUUUACAGACUAUGAGCUGAAGGCCUAUGCCAAAGCAGGGUCGGUCGCUGAUGAAGUCAUUUCAUCCAUGCGAACAGUGGCUGCUUUUGGUGGUGAGGAAAGAGAGGUCAAAAGGUAUGAGAAAAAUCUUGUAUUUGCCCAGCGUUGGGGAAUUAGAAAAGGGAUAGUGAUGGGAUUCUUUACUGGAUACGUGUGGUGUCUCAUCUUCUUUUGUUAUGCGCUGGCCUUCUGGUAUGGCUCCAUACUGGUCCUGGAUGAAGAAUACACACCAGGAGCCCUGGUCCAGAUCUUCCUCAGUGUCAUAGUAGGAGCUUUAAAUCUUGGCAAUGCAUCUCCUUGUUUGGAAGCCUUUGCAACUGGCCGUGCAGCAGCCGCCAGCAUUUUUGAGACAAUAGAUCGGAAGCCCAUCAUUGACUGCAUGUCAGAAGAUGGUUACAAGUUGGAUCGAAUUAAGGGUGAGAUUGAGUUCCAUAAUGUGGCCUUCCACUAUCCUUCCAGGCCAGAGGUGAAGAUUUUAAAUAAUCUCAACAUGGUCAUUAAACCAGGGGAAAUGACGGCUCUGGUAGGAUCCAGUGGAGCCGGGAAAAGUACAGCUCUACAGCUCAUUCAGCGAUUCUACGACCCCUGUGAAGGCAUGGUGACUUUGGAUGGUCAUGAUAUUCGCUCUCUUAACAUUCAGUGGCUUAGAGAUCAGAUUGGAAUAGUGGAGCAAGAGCCCGUUCUGUUCUCCACCACCAUUGCAGAAAAUAUUCGCUAUGGCAGAGAAGAUGCAAAUAUGGAAGAUAUCGUCCGAGCUGCCAAGGAAGCCAAUGCCUACAACUUCAUCAUGGACCUGCCCCAGCAAUUUGACACUCUUGUUGGCGAAGGAGGAAGCCAGAUGAGUGGUGGUCAGAAACAGAGAGUGGCCAUUGCCAGAGCCCUCAUCCGAAACCCCAAGAUCCUGCUUUUGGACAUGGCCACGUCUGCUUUGGACAAUGAGAGUGAAGCCAUGAUUCAGGAAGCACUGAGUAAGAUUCAGCACAGGCAGACAAUCGUUUCAGUCGCCCAUCGCCUAUCCACCGUCAGAGCUGCAGAUAUCAUCAUUGGUUUUGAACGUGGCACCGCUGUGGAAAGAGGCACCCACCAAGAACUAUUAGAAAGGAAAGGUGUUUACUUCGCUCUCGUGACUCUGCAGUGUCAAGGAGAUCAAGUGCUUAAUGAAGAGGAUGUGAAGGGCAAGUAUGAGACGGAAAGUGACGUACCUGAGAGGACCUUCAGCAGAGGGAGCUACCAGGAUAGUUUAAGAGCUUCCAUCCGGCAGCGCUCCAAGUCUCAGCUUUCUUACCUGGUACAUGAACCUCCAUUAGCUGUUGUAAAUCAUAAGUCUACUUAUGAAGAAGACAGAAAGGACAAAGAUACUCCUGUGGAAGGGGAAGUUGAACCUGCCCCAGUUAGGAGGAUUCUGAAAGUCAAUGCUCCGGAGUGGCCCUACAUGCUGGUAGGGGGUGUGGGUGCAGCUGUUAACGGAACAGUCACACCCCUCUACGCCUUUUUAUUCAGCCAGAUUCUUGGCACUUUUUCACUCCCUGAUAAGGAGGAACAAAGGUCACAGAUCAAUGGUGUGUGCCUACUUUUUGUAGCAAUGGGCUGUGUAUCCCUUCUCACCCAAUUUCUGCAGGGAUAUGCUUUUGCCAAGUCUGGGGAGCUCCUCACAAAACGGCUACGUAAAUUGGGUUUCAGGGCAAUGUUGGGACAAGACAUUGGCUGGUUUGAUGACCUCAGAAAUAGCCCUGGUGCAUUGACAACCAGGCUUGCUACAGAUGCUUCCCAAGUUCAAGGGGCUGCAGGCUCUCAAAUCGGAAUGAUGGUCAAUUCCUUCACCAAUGUCACUGCGGCCAUAAUGAUCGCCUUCUUCUUUAGCUGGAAGCUGAGCCUGGUCAUCUUGUGCUUCUUCCCCUUCUUGGCUUUGUCAGGAGCCUUGCAGACCCAGAUGUUGACGGGAUUUGCCUCCAAGGACAAGCAGGCUAUGGAGAGAGUGGGACAGAUUGCAAGUGAAGCUCUCGGCAAUAUCCGCACAGUUGCUGGAAUCGGGAGGGAGAGGUGGUUCAUUGAAGCAUUUGAGACUGAGCUGGAGAAGCCUUUCGAAAUGGCCAUUCGGAAAGCAAAUGUUUACGGAUUGUGCUUUGGCUUUUCCCAAAGCGUAGUGUAUAUUGCUAAUUCUGCUUCCUACAGAUACGGAGGCUACUUAAUCCCCAAUGAGGGGCUGCAUUUCAGCUAUGUGUUCAGGGUGAUCUCUGCAGUCAUGCUUAGCGCAACAGCUCUUGGAAGAGCCUCCUCUUACACCCCAAGUUAUGCCAAAGCGAAAAUAGCAGCUGCACGCUUUUUUCAGCUACUGGACCGACGACCCCCAAUCAGUGUCUACAGUAGUGCAGGUGAAAAAUGGGACAACUUCCAGGGGAAGAUUGAUUUUGUGGACUGUAAAUUUACAUAUCCUUCUCGCCCUGAUGUGCAAGUUCUGAAUGGCCUCUCCAUAUCGGUUAGUCCAGGGCAGACACUGGCAUUUGUUGGAAGCAGUGGAUGUGGCAAAAGCACCAGUGUUCAACUGUUGGAACGUUUCUAUGAUCCUGAUCAAGGGAAGGUGAUGAUAGAUGGGCAUGACAGCAAAAAAGUAAAUGUCCAGUUUCUCCGCUCAAACAUCGGAAUUGUUUCCCAGGAGCCAGUGCUGUUUGCCUGUAGCAUAAUGGACAAUAUCAAAUACGGGGACAACACCAAAGACAUCCCUGUGGAAAGAGUCAUAGCAGCUGCCAAGCAGGCUCAGCUGCAUGACUUCGUCAUGUCCCUGCCAGAGAAAUAUGAAACUAACGUUGGCUCCCAGGGGUCUCAGCUUUCUCGAGGGGAAAAACAACGCAUUGCUAUUGCUCGGGCCAUCGUCAGAGAUCCUAAAAUUUUGCUGCUGGAUGAAGCCACUUCUGCCUUAGACACAGAAAGUGAAAAGACGGUGCAGGUUGCUCUGGACAAAGCCAGAGAGGGUCGGACCUGCAUUGUCAUUGCCCAUCGCUUGUCCACCAUCCAGAAUGCCAGUGUGAUCGCUGUCAUGGCACAGGGGGCAGUGAUUGAAAAGGGGACCCAUGAGGAACUGAUGGCCCAGAAGGGAGCCUACUACAAACUAGUCAAGACAGGAGCCCCCAUCAGCUGACCUGGCCCAAGAACUUCAUACAAGAUGGCACGCCAAUGCCGGAGGGCUCACCUGCUGCUUCCUUAGAGAGGAAUGUCGAUAUUUUACUUUUAUAGACAUUGCCAUACAUUGGGAGCCAAGCUAAUUUGUAAUGACCUUCAAUAAUAAUUCAGCUUAGAUGUUAAUAUAGACAAUGAAAGAAACGAGGGUGAGUGUGAAGGAAAAUUCAAUGUCAAGAGGUUGCUCAGCCAUCACCUGCACUUCUCUGUGCAGGAGCAGUCCUGAUUACUACAUGAGAAGUAACAGAGACCGAACUCCUCCAGGGCAGAGGAUAUUUUUGACAUUGUUGAACCCUAGAUGUGCACAGAGGCUGGUCUAUGACAGGCACUCAACUAAGGUUUGUUUGACCAAAGUCAAAUGUGAAGAGAACAGAAGGACUGGAGAACAGCUGUAUUUCUUAACUGAAGUUUUCUUGCAUGUACAAACAGACUCAUUCAUCCUUAGGGCCAAGGCUAAGGAAAGGAGGACUCAGACAUACAGGAUGCUCAGGCUGAGCCAGGCAGAAGGGGCAAGUGUUAGCCAGGGCUGGCCAGUUAUUUGUGUUGACUGACACUGUAGAUUCAGGGGGCAGUGCAUGGGUGUUAAAGUCACCAUUACCAAAACUGCUGAUGUUGCUGGUGCAGGGGACUGUGCCCCAGGCCGAGUAUCCCUCAUUACCCCCACUCUGUACUGGUUGCUCUUUUUUAUUUCCUGGAAAUCCUAUGCAUGUAAUAAAAAUAGUGCAUUUUAUUUUGCUAUAGCUUUAUAAAAUGUUAUACAAAAAAGCCAGUUAAAUAUGGCAGGAAAAACUCAUGUUUAUCCCUGCUCCCUCAAAACACUACUGUAUGAUAUUAAGAGAAUUAAAGAAGGCAUGAAUUUACAAGAAUAGAGCAAACAAAAUUGAUGCCAAAAACCAGAUUGGGGGAGCCAGAAAGCAAAUGGACAACUGAUAGAGGAUUUGGAAGAUGAGAAAAAACAAAAAUGUAACCUGUUAGAGAGGGGAAGCCUAGAAACAUCCAGUUUUGUACCACAGAUCCUUAGAAAAGCUCAGGAUGUAAAGACACUGGGUCCUUUUGGAAGAGGGAGGCCAGAUGUGGCUGAAGACAGAAGAAUGGACUGAAAGCCUCUGUAGAAACAGGCCCAGAGCCCCCUGCAGCAGGAAGGCUGCCCUUCCACAAUCCCAGCAGAAGACUGGAUGCUCUCUCUAUGGGAAGCUCACAGGCAGACUUGGAUUUAAGGACAUAGGUUGUAGAUGUGAAUGGGGUGGUAAACAUGUAAGAGAUAAGAGGAUUGAGUGCAAAGAGCUCUAUGUGAUCAAAAAACUCUCGGCCCUCUCCUGCCUCUGCAGGAGAUUAAAGAAUCAUUCUCUGGGAAAAUUGGCCAAUCUAAGAUAGGAGACCCAGGACUGCUAGGGAUCCUCCAAUGUAAAUUUUGUAACCAGAUUGCCCUACUGUGAAGCCCACUUGCCAACAACCGGCACUCAUUCACUCAGCUUCCCCAGGCUUUCAGCGUCUCCCCCUGCAUAGGAAUGGACUGCCCAGGCUCACCAGACACCAAGCAGAUAUUUUAACAUAUAAAGCAAAAGCAACAACAAUAGAAUAUCCAGGAAAGGGUGGCACCUGUGGCUCAGUGGGUAGGGUGCCGGCCCCAUAUACCAAGGGUGGUGGGUUCAAACCUGGCCCUGGCCGAACUGCAACAACAAAAAAUACCCAGGUGUUGUGGUGGGCGCCUGUAGUCCCAGCUACUUGGGAGGCUGAGGCAAGAGAAUCGCUUAAGCCUAAGAGUUUGAGGUUGCUGUGAGCUGUGCUGCCAUGGCACUCUACCGAGGGCAAUAAAGUGAGACUCUGUUUCUACAAAAAAAAAAAAAAAAAUCCAGGAAAGAGGAAAUUAGAAGUAACAGACCCAAUUUAAAGAUAAAGAAAACACUCAAGUAGUGGUAGUAAAUUUAGUCAACCAGAAAAGAGAAGGUAUUUCCAUCUAUUUAAAGAAAAACAGGAGUCCAUAAAAAUGAACAUAAACAAAAAAAACAUAAACAUAUGAAAAGGAGCUCUUAAUAGCAGAAAUGAAAAAUGGCGCAGUGAUGACAAUAGGACUGCAUGGUUCCCACUGAGCUGUCCACCCAUCACAAUGUCCUUUCCCCACUCUAUCUUACUCUCAAGCCCCACUCUAUGUAGGUGUCUUUUCUUCCCUUGGCCAACAAAUGAAAUUCUGCCUAUAAAUUAAGCCUGAGCUGUGGCAUGUGGAGGUGUAUUAUUUAUGCCUCUUUUCCAUGUUUCCUGGUAAGUAACUGCAAGGAAGAUUCAGUGGUAAACUGGUCAGGCCAGAAUUGCUGAUGGUUGCCACAUGAGGAGGCAGAGGGUGAAGGACUGCUUUCUAGUUAAGUUUUGAAAAAUGACAAUGGCAAGUAAGUUGUCAAAUAAAGAUGCUUGCUGGAAGAAAUUAAGCUUUGCACUGAAUACAUGCUGGUUCUCUAAUUUCAAUGAAAGAAGACUAAAACUGUUGCGUAGAUUCACAUUUCUAACCUGGAGAACGUGGGCUUUGUGCUGAGAGUUUGCUGAUUUCCUGCAGUGGAGUUUGGGGGAUAUGAGAAAGGAAUGAACACAAGUUUUUAAAAAAUAAUUUACUUGAAUGUUAUUGAUAAGAGGGAAAAGAUUUACCAGAAGGGGCUUGAAAUUAGUAAAAUAACUGCUUUCUGAGGCUCAGUAACAGGGAGAUUACAAACUCAAAAAUGAAUAAAGUUGCAUGUGUAUGUUACAAGACUAGGAGUGUCAAUGUCAUCCUUUUUUAUCCUCUGUCUUUAACAAAGAUGUGGCCUAUGCCAUUUUAUAUUAUUGUUUCUGAGAUGACUGAUGGAUUGGCUUAUUCUGUUCUAUUUGACACUUAUUAUAUGUCUUCUGUAAUUUUCUGAUGUUUUCAUAAUGUGUGAACUGCCCUAUCAUCCCAGUUAAUAAAAGUUUAUAGAAAAAAAAA